AUGUUACCCACAUACCAACAGCUGGACACGAGGGGCAAUGGCGGCGCUGCGCACCCACAAGGCUGCGCGGAGGAGAAAGCGCCCUAUGCGCCAAGCGGGAGAGCAGGACGCGUGCGCAGUUUAGGCGGGCUGGAAAACCAGAGCCGACGCAUGCGCGGUAAUCGCCGGAACGAGGCGGGGGUGACGCAGGCGCGGUACCAGGCGAACUGGCGGUUGAAUCUCGUACAUGGAUAUUUGAACCUCGGGAUUCCGGUGAGCAGGAAAAGGCUUUGUGUGGAGGAGAAGAUGCUGUUUCUCAGACAGACUAUCCCGGCAGUGAUGAGAGUUACCAGCAGUCACUUCUGUCAGUGGGAGGGGGUUGCGAGGCCACCCCUGGAGCACGUGAGGAGGACUUUCUGCCAGAGGGCGAGACGUGGCCCUUGUCUACUUGUUUGCAGUAAGCGAGCGGCGAUGGGGUGGAACUGCUCACUGCGUGCCUUCAGCACAGACCCGCAUGCAGUGGAGGAACUCUUCGCCCGAGGCUCGCUUCAGCAAUACCUGGAGAGGCUGGAGAGCGAGUACAUGGCCUCCCAGCAGCGACUGCAAUCAGCCCAGGCUUCGGAGGAGGAGGUGAAGGGGGCUGGGAAGAGGGCGAGGGAGCUGGCUCCACUGGUGACGGAGCUGCAUGGGCUGAGGGUCAAAGUACAGGAGCUGGAGGACAUCGAGACGCUGAUGAAAGCACAUUCCAUAUCCUAA